UCGGAAACGUCUUUAUUAUUUUGUUUUUGUAUUUUGUCAAUUUUAUCAAUUUUGCGCGAUAAAUUCAUGUUAUAAAACAGUCUCAGGCUAAGUGCGGCAAACAAUAUACUUAAAAUAUUUUUUUAUUAUGCCUAAUGGUCGAGCCGUGUUGUUGUUAAGGCGUUUGUCGACAGGUGAUAGUAAAUUAAAGAAUCUAAAUUUAAAUCAAAGUACGAAUAAAGAACCUCUGUUUACCAUCAACAGGGAUUUCAGUCCGAAUAAAAGAUUGUCAACAGUUGGACAGAAUUUGUGCUCUGUUAAACUUACUAGAAGUUACAGUGAUAAUAUAAUAAAAAUGUCUAAAAGCAAUAUAGAAUCUGCAACAGCAGAAAAACCAAAGUAUACUAAUCAACUUAUAACUGAAAAGUCACCAUACUUACUGCAACAUGCACACAAUCCUGUACAAUGGUAUCCUUGGGGUGAUGAAGCUAUUGAAAAAGCUAAAAAAGAAAAUAAACUAAUUUUUCUAUCUGUUGGUUACUCCACAUGCCAUUGGUGCCAUGUUAUGGAGAAAGAAUCAUUUGAAAAUGAAGAUGUAGCUAAAGUAAUGAAUGAACACUAUGUCAACAUCAAGGUGGAUAGAGAGGAGAGGCCUGACAUAGACCGUGUAUACAUGUUGUUUGUUAUGGCCACAACAGGCAGUGGUGGCUGGCCGAUGUCCGUUUUCCUUACUCCGGACUUGAAACCUGUAACAGGUGGUACUUACUUUCCUCCUGAAGACCGAUGGGGUAGACCAGGCUUUAAGAGUAUUCUCCUCUCUUUAGCUAAGAAAUGGAAAGAGAACAAAGCACAAUUUGUUGAUGCCAGUCACAAUAUAAUGGAAGCAUUGCAAAAAAUAUCUCUAGUCGAUUCUGAUUCAUCUCAGUUGGUGCCCGGAGAGGCAACAUGGAAUAAAUGCGUCCAAAGAUAUAUAUCUAUCUUUGAGCCACACUUUGGUGGUUUUGGUUUAGCUCCAAAGUUUCCGCAAGCUUCUAUAUUCAAUUUUCUAUUUCAUUUUUACGCACGUGAUAAAUCUGAUCCUGAAGGAAAAAAAUGUCUUGACAUGUGUCUUCAUACUUUGACGAAAAUAGCCAAAGGUGGUAUACAUGAUCAUGUAUCAAGUGGAUUUGCUCGAUAUUCAGUGGAUAAUGAUUGGCAUGUGCCACAUUUUGAGAAAAUGCUUUAUGAUCAAGCUCAAUUGAUUGUUGCAUACACUGAUGCAUAUCUUGCAACAAAAGAAGAAUUUUAUGCUGAUGUGGUUCGUGAUAUAAUCAAGUAUGUUAACAGGGAUUUAAGACAUGAGACUGGUGGUUAUUAUAGUGCAGAGGAUGCAGAUUCAUAUCCUUAUGAAGGUGCUCCACAAAAGAAAGAAGGUGCAUUCUGUGUCUGGGAAUAUGAUGAACUUAAACCACUUCUUGAUGAUAAGAAAAUAAAUGAGACUUCUUACUUUGAUAUAUUUUGUGAUUACUUCAGUGUGGAAGAAGAUGGGAAUAUUUCCAUGGAAAGUGACCCUCAUGGUGAAUUGAAAAAUAAAAAUGUGUUUAUUGUGUAUGGUAGCAAAGAAGAAACUAUGUCUAAAUUUGAAAUUUCAUCUGAACAAUUUGAUGAAGUAAUUACUUACUGUAUCAACAUAUUGUAUGAAGAGCGACAAAAAAGACCUCGACCACAUUUGGACACCAAAAUGCUUUGUUCAUGGAAUGGGCUAAUCAUAGCAGGGUUAGCUCAAGCAGGCCAGGGGCUAGCGGAGAAGAGUUAUGUGGAUGAUGCUAUUAAAACAGCAAAUUUUAUAAAAGAACACUUAUAUGAUCCAUCAAACAAGACAUUAUUGCAUUCUUGUUACAGAGGCGAAGAUGGGUCUAUUGCUCAAACUAAAGAGCCAAUUAAAGGAUUUUUGGAUGAUUAUGCAUUCCUAAUUAAAGGUUUGCUUGAUUUGUAUGAAGCAUCUCUUGAUCUUUACUGGCUGAAUUGGGCUCGGGAACUGCAGUACAAACAGAAUGAACUGUUCUGGGAUGAUACAAAUGGUGGUUAUUUUACUUGUUCUACCAAUGAUGAUACAGUGGUUCUGAGACUUAAAGAAGAUCAAGAUGGUGCAGAGCCUUCAGGGAACAGCGUAUCGUGCCACAAUCUGCAGCGGCUAGCGGCUUACGCAGACAAGAGUGAGGCGGCCGAGGGUGGUGACGUGGAGCGCAAUAUGGCCAAGCGCCUGCUGACUGUUUUCGCCAAGAGGCUCAACGAGACACCUACUGCGCUGCCGGAGAUGAUGUCCGCGCUAAUGUUCUACAAUGAUUCACCCACACAGGUGUUGAUAAGUGGUGCGUGCUCGGACCCGCGCACGCUGGCGCUGGUGCGCGCGGUGCGGUCGCGCCUGCUGGCGGGCCGCGUGCUCGCCGUCGCCGACCCUGACUCUCCCGCCGGUAUGUCCGACAUACUUCUGAGCCGCAUCAAAUGCAGCGAAGUGCCGACGGCGUACGUGUGUCGGCGCUACGCGUGCUCUCUGCCAGUCACCGAGGUGGCGCAGCUCGAGAGCCUGCUCGACGAGCCCUCCAAGCCCGCCCCCGCCCCCACUCCAGCGAAAGGUGUACACAACUAA